AUGCUUAAAAGAUCAUUAGCCACGUCUGCUAAACAGGAGUUUUCCUAUCAUUCUAAUUAUAAAUUUAAAUGCGGCCUUGAAAUUCAUACGCAAUUAAAAACUAAAUAUAAAUUAUUCUCUUUAUCACGUACUAGUUUCAAUGAGCCUAGCAAUACACGAAUUAGCUAUUUUGAUAUAGGUUUACCAGGAACACAACCAAUUUUAAAUCCAGAGGCAUUGUAUUUAGCAUUACGAGCUUCUGUUGCUCUAAAUUGUGAUGUUCAGCCAAUUUCAAAAUUUGACCGAAAGCAUUAUUUUUACCCUGAUCAGCCAUUAGGUUAUCAAAUAACACAGCAGUUUCACCCACUCGCAAAGAAUGGCUAUUUGAAUUUGACAAAAUUUGACAAUACAGCAGUGCAGGGGCGUAUCCACAUUGAAAGAGUUCAUCUAGAACAAGAUACAGGUAAAAAGCAUGGAAAUGAAAUAGAUUACAAUCGAGCAGGAACUCCCUUAAUUGAAGUAGUAACGAAACCGGAUUUCGAAAAUAUUGACCAAGUACUUGCAUUUGUGAAAAAGUAUCAACUACUUGUUCGAUAUUUGAAUGUUUGCAGUGGAGACUUGGAAACUGGAGCAAUACGGGUUGAUGUGAAUGUAAACGUGAAUAAUCAUCCUCGAGUAGAGCUAAAAAAUUUGGCAACAACUGGGGAUAUUGUUCGAGCUUUGCAGUACGAAUAUAAUAGACAAAUUGAGGUUUUAGAGAGUGGCGGCAGAAUAGAGCAACAGACUAGAAACUGGGAUGGAUUUAGUACCAAUUUGGCUCGAACUAAAGAAAAUGCUGUGGACUAUCGAUACUUUCCCGAUUGCGAGUUGCCACCAAUAGUGCUCGAGGAGAAUAUUACUGAGGAUAUAAAAUCAUUGAUGCCUGAAUAUCCCGAAGAUUUGCUAAAGAGGUUGACUUCUAAACCACAUCUCUUGCAGCUAGUCGAUGCCAAAAGAUUGAUUGCUGAGCCUAAACUUUUGCACUACUAUGAAACAUUUUUCAAACUAUAUAAUCAUCCAGAUGCAAAUAAAUGGAUAUUUCAGGAAAUGCUAACAGCUUUCGCAAAAGAAAAUAAGACAUUCGAUACAAAUAUUGUUAGUUCUAAAACAUUGGCAUGUCUUGCCAACUUGAAUAUGUCAUUAGUGUCAAAGAGACUAGUAUUGAGGUAUAUGAUUAGAAACGACGAGGAAUGUCUUAAAGAUGCUCUUAAAGCUUUGGGUCUUGAAGAGGAGCAAAAUGGCGAGUCCUUCUCAGUGGAAGACCUAUGCCGAGAUAUUAUAAAUGCUAAUCCAAAGAUUAUAAAGAGGAUCCAAAGCGGCCAUAUAAAGGCAACCGAAGUCCUUGUUGGCCAAGCUAUAAAGGCCACUCGAGGUAAAGUUGAUGCUGAUACAAUUAGGAAAAAAUUCGUAGAGUUGUUAUAG